CGAGACGCGCAGCAGAAAGCCCACGUUGGCGGCGGCCGGGAGCGCAGCGCGCAGAGGCGGGAGACUGCGAAUUCCCGAGCCGACGCCGCAGCCUGUGUUCCGCGUUCGGCUCCUCGUCUCUCUCAUCGUCUCGGAGAGCGGGAUCCCCCGGGAACCCGAGGGACUGCCGAGAGGAAAGCUACAUCGUGGCCGCCUCCACUUGGGGAGGCGCGCGGAGAUUCCGAGGGGGAGCGACGGUGCCCGAGGGCGGAGGGGCGCUGAGUUUCGAGCCAGAGGGUAGUUAAACCGGCGCAGAGAAAAACUGGCUUUUUAGGACGCGGGGUCGCCACAGCCCGCGACCCGCAGGGGAGUAAACUCUUCACGAUUGUCCGACAAGCCAGGAGAGGCGUGCGAGGGGAUGGUGCCCGGCAUCGCCCCAAUCUCUUGAUCUGUGGUCUCCGGGUCCCCCCUCGGUCAGCCUCCUGCGAGGGCUCAGGGCAGCGCACGUGUGCAGACUGCGAGUGACCGUGCCGCGACCCGCCCAGGGACGCCGGGUGCAUCGCAGUCCUGCCUAGGACACACCUGGCUCAGCCCGUGCGCCUCCAGAGACCUGCGGGAGAGUUGGGGGGGCGGGGGAAGAUCCUGGCCAUCGCCCCGUCGUCUCUUCUCCGCCCGGGCUUCUCGGGGCGCCGCGGAUGACCAUGAGAGAUAAGGACUGAGUGCCAGGACCGGGAAGAGAGCCCGCCGAGAGGUGGCGGGGGCUGCCCACUCCAAGGGCCACAGCCGCCGCGCUCCGGCCUCGCUCCGCCGCUCGACGCCUCGCGGGGCCCGCGAGGGCAGUCCGGCCGGGCGGCGAUGCCCGGGCUGGGGCGGAGGGCACAGUGGCUGUGCUGGUGGUGGGGGCUGCUGUGCAGCUGCGGCCCCCCGCCGUUGCGGCCCCCUCUGCCGGUAGCAGCGGCCGCCGCCGGGGGACAGCUGCUGGGAGCCGGCGGGAGCUCGGUGCGCGCCGAGCAGCCGCCGCCACAGUCCUCUUCGGGUUUCCUCUAUCGGCGGCUCAAGACCCACGAGAAGCGGGAGAUGCAAAAAGAGAUCCUGUCGGUGCUGGGGCUCCCGCACAGGCCGCGGCCCCUGCACGGUCUCCAGCAGCCUCAGCCCCCGGUGUUCCCGCCGCCGCCGCAGCAGCAGCAGACGGCCCGCGACGAGCCUCCUCCAGGGCGGCUGAAGUCCGCUCCGCUCUUCAUGCUGGAUCUCUACAACGCCCUGUCCAAUGACGACGAAGAGGAUGGGGCAUCGGAGGGUGAGGGGCAGGAGCCCGGGUCCUACGGAGGGGCCAGCUCGCCCCAGCUCAGACAGCCGUCUCCCGGCGCUGCACAGUCCCUGAAUCGCAAGAGCCUCCUGGCCCCGGGACCCGGGGGCGGUGCGUCUCCAUUGACCAGCGCGCAGGACAGCGCUUUCCUCAACGACGCAGACAUGGUCAUGAGCUUUGUGAACCUGGUGGAGUACGACAAGGAGUUCUCCCCACGCCAGCGACACCACAAGGAGUUCAAGUUCAACUUAUCCCAGAUUCCCGAGGGUGAGGCGGUGACGGCUGCUGAGUUCCGUGUCUACAAGGACUGUGUGGUGGGGAGUUUUAAAAACCAAACCUUUCUUAUCAGCAUUUACCAAGUCUUGCAGGAGCAUCAGCACAGAGACUCUGACCUAUUUUUGUUGGACACCCGGGUGGUGUGGGCCUCAGAAGAAGGCUGGCUGGAAUUUGACAUCACAGCAACUAGCAAUCUGUGGGUGGUGACACCGCAGCACAACAUGGGACUCCAGCUGAGUGUGGUGACUCGCGAUGGACUCCACGUCAACCCCCGUGCGGCGGGCCUGGUGGGCAGAGACGGCCCUUACGACAAGCAGCCCUUCAUGGUGGCCUUCUUCAAGGUGAGCGAGGUCCACGUGCGCACCACCAGGUCAGCCUCCAGUCGGCGUCGGCAGCAGAGUCGCAACCGGUCCACCCAGUCGCAGGACGUGUCCCGGGGCUCCAGUGCUUCCGGCUACGACAGCAGUGAGUUAAAAACAGCUUGCAAGAAGCAUGAACUUUACGUGAGCUUCCAGGACCUGGGAUGGCAGGACUGGAUCAUUGCGCCCAAAGGCUAUGCUGCCAACUACUGUGAUGGAGAGUGUUCCUUCCCACUCAACGCACACAUGAAUGCCACCAACCACGCCAUUGUGCAGACCUUGGUUCACCUUAUGAAUCCCGAGUACGUCCCCAAACCAUGCUGCGCACCAACUAAACUGAAUGCCAUCUCAGUUCUUUACUUCGACGAUAACUCCAAUGUCAUCUUGAAAAAAUACAGGAAUAUGGUCGUGAGAGCUUGUGGUUGCCAUUAAGUUGAAGCCAGUGGCAGGGGACGAGGUGUGUGUGUGUGUGUGUGUGUGUGUGUGUGUGUGUGUGUGUGUGUGUGGUGUGUGGUGUGUCUGCCUUGGAUUCCUAAUGACAUCUGCCUUAAAACACAUGAAGCAGCACAGUGAAGCAGGAUGGUGACACUCAGAGGCAUCUCCUGCUGGUGGCCUUAGCCUGAGGAGGCUUUUAUGAGGACCUUGUUGAUGACUUUCCCAGUUCUCGUAACUGAACAGUUGCUGGUCUGUAGGAAGCUAGAAUGCUUGCAGUACAGGCCUGGGAACUGCAGAAUCGUAAUGUUCUCCUCCCCCCAGUCCCGCCCAGACUAGUGUUAGCUUUUAGAGCUAGCUGUUUGUGGUAUAAGUAGAGAGGAAACUUGAAUAGUAAAUAUCCCUGGGUUGAAAGACCAGGUGGCUCUAUAGCACCUAUUCCAGGGAGGUUUUGCAGAUAGCCGAGUGGAGGGGAGGAGAGGGCUCUGUCAGGUUCCAUUCCCAGCAAGGGCAGCUCCCACAGGGCCUGCAGCCUGGCCAUCAGUGAGCUUUGUGGGGGUGCCUUCUUGUCUACUGUUGUAGUUACCUGUUUUAUGUCAACUCUUGGUGGUGUGAAAAUGUACUAAUCUCGGUCAAAACAAGCUGUAGCAUGUCCACACCAUCCUCCUCCCUUCCUCACAGAAUUCUUGACUAGAACCCAAAGAAGAUGGACUGUACUUUGUGGUAGAGCCACGAAGCAUCUGCAGUAGCCUUCAUUUAAACCACAGAACAGCAGAAUGUGUGAUUCUGCAUCUCUUGGGCAGACUGGCUGGACAAGCUCAUUAGCAUCAGGAACACUGGCUCCAACAUCAGCUCUCUCUCUCUAACUCUGCUCUUUGCCUUUUCCCUGCAUUAGCAUUCCAUGGCUCAGGGCUAGAGUCUAAAGCAGAAACCCACAGGGGGAAGGGCCCUGCCUCUAAGCAUGGGUUUGUCAAGGUGAGCAUGCCGUGUGUGUAAACUCAAAACCACCAUUUCCUCUUGUAGAAAGACUCAGACUGAAUCUUAGAAUAUUUUUUAAAUGUCUUUUUCACAAUCAUGUACCGGGAAGCCAAUUUCAUACUAAACUGAUUAAAUAAUACAUUUACAAUCUG